CCGGACUGCGGGGGGGUUGAUCUGCGUGCUCAGAGUGUAGGUGCGCGCGGUAGGCGGGAGCAGCGGCGGUGCGGUCCGCUCCGCUCGGCUCGAGGAGGAGCUCCAGUCGUGCUGCACGCAGCCGAAGCCAGAGGUACAUGCCCGCGUGUGAGCUCCGGGGAGCAGCGACUCGAGUCCAGGCUUCGCGUUAAGGGGACGGUGAACGGGAUCUGACCUGAAGAACUCCAGCAGGUGGACACUUGGCUCUUGUGAAUCCCAAGUAAGAUGUCUCAUCGGGGAGGGCAGGAGGACCCGGAGCGGUACCUGUUUGUGGACCGUGCCUUUGUGUACAACCCAGCCACGCAGGCUGACUGGACGGCCAAGAAGCUGGUGUGGGUCCCCUCAGAGCGCCAUGGCUUUGAGGCCGCCAGCAUCCGAGAGGAGCGCGGCGAGGAGGUGCUCGUGGAGCUGGCGGAGAACUGUAAGAAGGUGGUGAUCAACAAGGAUGACAUCCAGAAGAUGAACCCACCCAAGUUCAGCAAGGUGGAGGACAUGGCUGAGCUCACCUGCCUGAACGAGGCGUCGGUGCUGCACAACCUGAAGGACCGCUACUACUCCGGUCUCAUCUAUACAUACUCCGGCCUUUUCUGCGUGGUCAUCAACCCCUACAAGAACCUGCCCAUUUAUUCAGAGAACAUCAUUGAGAUGUACCGAGGAAAGAAGAGGCAUGAGAUGCCCCCGCACAUUUACGCCAUCUCCGAGUCGGCGUACCGCUGCAUGCUUCAAGAUCGUGAGGACCAAUCAAUCCUUUGCACAGGUGAAUCAGGAGCUGGCAAGACGGAGAACACAAAGAAGGUCAUCCAGUAUCUGGCCCAUGUUGCCUCCUCACACAAAGGACGCAAGGACCACAACAUUCCUCCCGAAUCUCCCAAAGCGUUCAAGCUACAGGGGGAACUGGAACGCCAACUCCUGCAAGCCAACCCCAUCCUGGAGUCGUUUGGCAACGCCAAGACAGUGAAAAAUGACAACUCCUCUCGCUUCGGAAAAUUCAUCAGAAUCAACUUUGACGUGACGGGCUACAUUGUCGGGGCCAACAUCGAGACCUAUCUUCUGGAGAAGUCGAGAGCCAUUCGUCAGGCAAAAGAUGAGAGGACUUUCCACGUUUUCUACCGCCUGCUAGCAGGGGCUGGAGAGCAUCUUCGAACUGACCUUCUCCUGGAGGGCUUCAACAACUACCGCUUUUUGUCAAACGGUAACAUUCCCAUCCCGGGUCAACAGGACAAGGAGAACUUCCAGGAGACGAUGGAGGCGAUGCACAUCAUGGGCUUCACCCAUGAUGAGAUCGUAUGCAUGUUGAAGGUGGUCUCUGCAGUGCUGCAGUUUGGCAAUGUGGUCUUCAAAAAGGAGAGGAACACAGAUCAAGCCUCCAUGCCUGAGAACACAGCGGCUCAGAAGCUCUGCCACCUGCUUGGCAUGAAUGUGAUGGAGUUCACGCGAGCAAUACUCACCCCGCGGAUCAAAGUGGGACGAGAUUAUGUUCAAAAGGCCCAGACCAAAGAGCAGGCUGACUUUGCUGUUGAAGCCCUGGCCAAGGCGACGUAUGAGCGUCUGUUCCGCUGGCUCGUCCACCGCAUCAACAAGGCCCUGGACAGGACGAAACGGCAGGGGGCCUCCUUCAUCGGCAUCCUGGACAUCGCUGGGUUUGAGAUCUUUGAGCUGAACUCCUUCGAGCAGCUGUGCAUCAACUACACCAACGAGAAGCUGCAGCAGCUCUUCAACCACACCAUGUUCAUCCUGGAGCAGGAGGAGUACCAGAGGGAGGGCAUCGAGUGGAGCUUCAUCGACUUCGGCCUCGACCUGCAGCCUUGCAUCGACCUCAUCGAGAGGCCGAAUAAUCCCCCUGGAAUCCUGGCUCUGCUGGACGAGGAGUGCUGGUUUCCCAAAGCCACGGAUAAGACGUUUGUAGACAAAGUGCUGCAGGAGCUGGGAACGCACUCCAAGUUUCAGAAGCCGCGUCAGCUCAAGGAUAAAGCUGACUUCUGCAUCAUUCACUACGCAGGGAGGGUGGACUAUAAAGCUGACGAGUGGCUCAUGAAGAACAUGGAUCCUCUGAACGAUAACGUUGCCACCCUUCUUCACCAGUCUACUGAUAAAUUUGUGGCUGAACUCUGGAAAGAUGACAUCCAGACGUUUCAGAGAGCCUCUUUCUAUGACAAUGUGUCUGGGCUUCCUGAAGCUCCAGUGGACCGCAUCGUGGGUCUGGACCAGGUUGCGGGCAUGAAUGAGACAGCUUUUGGUGCCGCCUACAAGACAAAGAAAGGCAUGUUCCGCACCGUUGGGCAGCUGUACAAGGAGCAACUGUCGAAGCUGAUGGCCACGCUCAGGAACACAAACCCCAACUUUGUCCGCUGCAUCAUUCCCAACCACGAAAAAAGGGCAGGGAAACUGGACCCUCACCUGGUUCUGGACCAGUUGAGAUGUAACGGUGUGCUGGAAGGGAUCCGCAUCUGCAGACAGGGAUUCCCCAACCGCAUCGUCUUCCAGGAGUUCAGACAGAGGUACGAGAUUCUGACUCCUAACGCUAUUCCCAAGGGCUUCAUGGAUGGCAAGCAGGCCUGCGAGAGAAUGAUCCAAGCUCUAGAGCUGGAUGGAAACCUGUUCCGCAUCGGUCAGAGUAAAAUCUUCUUCAGGGCUGGAGUCCUGGCUCAUCUGGAAGAAGAGCGAGAUCUGAAGAUCACCGACAUCAUCAUUUACUUCCAGGCUGUUUGUCGGGGAUAUCUGGCUCGCAAGGCUUUUGCCAAGAAGCAGCAGCAGCUCAGUGCCCUGAAGGUCCUGCAGAGAAACUGUGCUGCUUACCUCAAGUUACGUCACUGGCAGUGGUGGAGGCUCUUCACCAAGGUGAAGCCCCUGCUGCAGGUGACCAGACAGGAGGAGGAGAUGCAGGCCAAAGACGAAGAACUCGUCAAAGUGAAGGAGAAGCAGAUGAAGGUGGAAGGAGAACUGGUGGAGAUGGAGAGGAAACACCAGCAGCUGAUGGAGGAGAAGAACAUCCUCGCAGAGCAGCUGCAGGCCGAGACAGAGCUGUUUGCAGAGGCUGAGGAGAUGAGAGCUCGUCUGGCAUCCAAAAAGCAAGAGCUGGAGGAGAUCCUGCACGACCUGGAGUCCAGGCUGGAGGAGGAGGAGGAGAGGGGACAGUCCAUGCAGAGUGAGAAGAAAAAGAUGCAAGCUCACAUCCAGGACCUGGAGGAGCAGCUGGAUGAGGAGGAGGCUGCCAGGCAGAAGCUGCAGCUGGAGAAGGUCACGGCUGAAGCUAAAAUGAAGAAGUUUGAAGAGGACAUUCUGCUGCUGGAGGAUCAGAACUCCAAGUUUCUGAAGGAAAAGAAGCUGCUUGAAGAUCGAAUCAGUGAGAUGACCCUGGUGCUGGCUGAGGAGGAAGAGAAGGCCAAAAACCUGGGGAAGGUCAAGAACAAGCAGGAGAUGAUGAUGGUCGACCUGGAGGAACGACUGAAGAAAGAGGAGAAAACCCGUCAGGAGCUGGAAAAGGCAAAGAGGAAGCUGGACGGGGAGACCACGGACUUCCAGGACCAGAUAGCGGAGCUGCAGUCGCAGACAGAGGAGCUCAGAGUUCAGCUGAGCAAGAAGGACGAGGAGCAGCAGAUGAUGCAGACAAGAGGAGAGGAGGAGUCCAUCCAGAAGAACAAUGCUCUGAAGCAGGUCCGGGAGCUGCAGGCUCAGCUGUCCGAGCUGCAGGAGGACCUGGAGUCAGAGAAACAGGCCCGGAACAAGGCUGAGAAACUCAAGAGGGACCUGAGUGAGGAGCUGGAAGCCCUUAAAACCGAACUGGAAGACACUCUGGAUACGACGGCGGCCCAGCAGGAGCUCAGGACCAAGCGUGAACAGGAAGUUGCUGAACUGAAGAAAGCCAUCGAGGAGGAAACUAAAAACCACGAAUCUCAGAUCCAGGAGAUGAGGCAGAGGCACUCCACCGUGCUAGAGGAGCUUUCUGAGCAACUGGAGCAGGCCAAGAGGUUCAAAGCCAACCUGGAAAAGACCAAGCAGAGCCAGGAGAGCGCCAACAAAGAGCUGGCCAGCGAGGUGAAAAGUCUGCAGCAGGCGAAAACGGAGUCGGAGCACAAGAGGAAGAAGCUGGAGGCUCAGCUGCAGGAGUUCAUGGCCAGAGUCACAGAGGGCGAGAAGGCCAAAGGAGAGCUGGCUGAGCGCACGCACAAGCUGCAGACGGAGCUGGACAACGUGUCGGCCCUGCUGGAAGAGGCGGAGAGGAAGGGGAUCAAGCAGGCCAAAGACGUGGCUGGACUAGAGAGCCAGCUCCAAGACACACAGGAGCUCCUCCAGGAGGAGACCCGUCAGAAGCUAAGCCUGAGCAGUCGCAUUCGCCAGCUGGAGGAAGAGAAAGCUGCUGUGCAGGAGCAACAGGAGGAAGACGAGGAGGCGCGCAAGAAUUUGGAGAAACAGCUGUUGUCCCUACAGGCUCAGCUGUCGGAGAGCAAGAAGAAGCUGGAGGAUGACGCUGGAACGAUGGAGAGCUUGGAGGAGGUGAAGAAGAAGCUGCAGAAGGACCUGGAGCUGGCCAGCCAACGUCUGGAAGAGAAGACGAUCGCCUUUGAGAAGAUGGAGAAGACAAAGACCCGUCUUCAGCAGGAGCUGGACGAUCUCACUGUGGACUUGGACCACCAGAGGCAGAUCGUCUCCAGCCUGGAGAAGAAGCAGAAGAAGUUUGACCAGAUGCUGGCCGAGGAGAAGAGCAUCUCGGCUCGUUACGCCGAGGAGCGCGACCGCGCCGAAGCCGAGGCCAGAGAGAAGGAGACCAAAGCUCUGUCCAUGACCAGAGCUCUGGAUGAAGCGCUGGAGGCCAAGGAGGAGCUGGAGAGAGUCAACAAGCAGCUCCGCGCCGAAAUGGAAGACCUCAUGAGCUCAAAGGACGACGUGGGCAAGAACGUCCACGAGCUGGAGAAGUCCAAGCGCACCCUGGAGCAGCAGCUGGAGGAGAUGAAGACUCAGCUGGAGGAGCUGGAGGACGAGCUGCAGGCCACAGAGGACGCCAAGCUGCGUCUGGAGGUCAACAUGCAGGCCAUGAAGGCUCAGUACGAGAGGGACCUUCAGAGCAGGGACGACCAAAACGACGAGAAGAAAAGAGCGCUGGUCAAGCAGGUGCGAGAAAUGGAAGCUGAGCUGGAGGAUGAGAGGAAGCAGAGAGCUUUGGCCGUAGCGGCUAAAAAGAAGCUGGAGAUGGACCUAAAGGACAUCGAGAGUCACAUCGAAGGAGCCAACAAGGCUCGAGAUGAAGCCAUCAAACAGCUACGCAAGCUCCAGGCUCAAAUGAAGGACUAUCAGAGGGAGCUGGAGGACACGCGGGCUUCCAGAGACGACAUUUUUGCCUUAUCGAAGGAGAACGAGAAGAAGCUGAAGAGUCUGGAGGCGGAGAUUGUUCAGCUGCACGAGGACCUGGCAGCGUCUGAGAGAGGCCGUCGCCACGCAGAGCAGGAACGAGACGAGCUACAAGACGAAAUCUCAAACAGCACCUCUGGAAAGGCGGCUCUGAUGGACGAGAAAAGGAGGCUGGAGGCUCGAAUUGCACAGCUGGAGGAGGAGCUGGAGGAGGAGCAGGGCAACAUGGAGCUGCUCAACGACAGAUUCAGAAAGAGCACCAUGCAGGUGGACACGCUCACCACAGAGUUGGGCUCAGAGCGCAGCACGGCACAGAAGAGCGAAAACGCUCGCCAGCAGUUAGAGCGCCAGAACAAGGAUCUGCGGGCCAAGCUGAGCGAGCUGGAGGGCUCUGUGAAGAGCAGGUUCAAGGCCUCCAUCACAGCCCUGGAGGCCAAAAUAGCACAGCUGGAGGAACAGCUGGAGCAGGAGGCCAGGGAGCGAGCAGCAGCCAACAAGGUCGUGAGGCGAACCGAGAAGAAGCUGAAAGAAGUCUGCAUGCAGGUGGAGGAUGAACGUCGCCAUGGCGACCAGUUUAAAGAGCAACUGGAGAAGGCUGGCUCUCGUAUGAAGCAGCUGAAGCGGCAGCUGGAGGAGGCGGAGGAGGAGGCCACCAGGGCCAACGCCUCCCGCAGGAAGCUGCAGAGAGAGCUGGACGACGCCACCGAAGCCAGCGAGGGUCUGAGCCGGGAGGUCCACACUCUCAAGAACCGCCUGAGGCGCGGUGGCCCCAUCAGCUUCCCCCCCAGUCGCUCAGGCCGACGCCCCCUGCAGGUGGAGGGGACAUCGUUGGACCUCCUGUCGGAUGAAGAGCUGGAAAACAAGGUCACCGACAACAACGCCAACGAGACUCCAGCUCCACAGCUGGAGUAGAGGAGCCCCAACAUCUCCCCUCAUGUCCCUCAGCUCCAUCAGCCACUAGAGCACUCUAGCUGCUCGAUCCGGGACCUAGUCUCUGUUCUGACCUCUCCCUUGUUCUUAGCAGACACCAGCAGUUGGCUCCCUUACCUCGCCUUACCGACCGAACCAGCCCACCUCCGACGUUCAGCCUCAGAGCUGUAGAAAAGCACAGGAACAGCAGCAAGCCCACCGAGCCCCUGCAGGCCUUAGAACCCCGUGACCAGCUUGUCCUGCAGAUUCUGGCUCUGCCGUUAGCUGCUCAUCAUGCUACAGCAUCUCUUGAUUUUGGAGCUAGUGCAGUUUGACGUUAGGGUCGCUGCCUUGUUAGCUUUGUUGUCUCGUUUAGCUUCCUCCGAAGCCUGACAGCAGGUCAGCGUUGACUUGUAAUAGUUCAGUGCGAGAGCCAAAAGCAGCGCUCACACUCGUGCUCUUUUGCUUGUUUCUUCGGUGCCUUUUUCUAUUGUUUCAAAUCCAUUUAUGUCACAUUUAUAGUUCAUUUAUUGAACCCUGUUUAGGUAUUUUCAUAUAAAAUAUCAUAAAUUUGCUCAUUUUAAUGAAGAUUUAGUGGAAACCUGAUGAAUGUCUUCCUCUGACUUUUCCUGUCACCCUGCUGUUCGACGUGCCGACGGCGUGGAGAUCUUUGUAGACGGGUGCUACGACUUUUCUUAUCGAGAUCUUUUGUACCUUUUCAGUUAUUAAGACUUGACUGGUUCGAUAGAUAUCAGCUGUAUUUAUGCACCUGCUAAUGUUUACAAUACAAACUACAUUCAUGAUGCAAACUGCUCAGUGUUGCACAUCAAUCCUCCAUCUUUGCUGUUUAUUAUGAGUUGUACAGCGUCGGAGUAUUUAGGAGUUCAUUGUUGCAUUAAAGUCUGUGGAGCCCA